AUGGCGCUCAAUCUCGUCAAGGAAUCUGAAGGCACAUCAACAUAUGCCUCAGCCUGCUUCGACACAAGUUCAUCGACACCGAUACUUAGGCGGAAAGUAGCUACUGGAGGAACUCGCACCGUAACGUACCCAUCGCUCUCUUUCUUCAACUACAUCCGACGGAAGGCAGCAUCAUAUAUCUUGGCAUCCAGCCUUCAGCCUGGUUUGAUACUCAGCGACUCAAUUCGACCGAUCGAUGAUACAUUCUACUGGUCACUGCACGCAAGCGCUGCGAACGCCUGUCCGUUUGAUGGAGACCCACUUGCCGACUGCAAGAACAUCGGCAGCUCAUUUCAGUCAGAGAGUGAGAAUGGCGAGCGCGGAGCCGAUAGUCAAGACUGUUACUCCAAGCUUGCUGUGGUCUGUGGAUACAUCACCUUCACAAUGAUUCCUGAGCCUAGCUCUAGUUCGGUUGGCGUAUCUCGGGCCCAAGUCUUUUUGGGAGUUUUCUGGUCAUUCUUGCUUCUAUUAAGAAAUUCGUGUAAGAGACGAGAAGACCUACGCAUGAGCCUUCCCCUCUUCCAGAGACCUGUUCAGUCUGGUCCGUUGGGUGCAGGACUUUGCAUCAAGUUCUCCAUUUCCCAGUUCCUUCCCGAAGAAGAGCAAUGA